AUGAACCGAACCGGUCCCUUGCCCUCCUUAUCAUUAUCACUUAAUAUUUCAUCAUCUACAAACAACAAUUCAUCGUGCUGUACAAUUUUGCGCAUAUUUCACUAUUUUCAAUUCUACAUGCAUAAUGAAAUGAUAAUUAAUGAUAGUGUUUCGAUGAAGAACGAAAAGCAAUCACUUCUUGAGCUUUCACACUUAAUUGCAAGUAAUGAGUUGCACGAUGAUGGCUUUGUAACAAAUGUAGAAGGAACAGGAAAUGGCGAUCAUCAGAGAAGAAGAAAAAAUAACAGUAGGAAAAAUUUUUCAAAAACUCAAAUAUUUUGGUAA